GCUUCCCUGAGUGCAGCUAGAUUAAGCCUUUGGAGGCGGAGUAACCUGACCAGUGUGAUUUAGGAGUUUUCCACCCUGAAAGUCCACACUUUGAGAAGUGCUCGCUCUAGCAGUCCAGCUUAUUUUCAGGCGCCAGGCUCUUAUCCUGAUCCCCAGGAGAACACGUUUAAGUCUCGGGAAGAAUGGAGAAGAAAGGCCAUGUGCAGAUUUUGGAGAAUAUGUCAAAGUUGAUUUUGGGUGAAAUUGCAAAAGCCAACUAUUCAAGUUUACUCAAUGAUUUUGUCGAAUCUGAACUCUUCCUGAUUGAUGGAGAUUCCUUACUUAUCACCUGUCUAAAUGAUAAAAAAUUGAAGACAGAACAAAAUCUUCACUUCAUCUACCUAGUUGAACGUUAUCUUUUGGAUUUAAAAAGUAAAGGAGGCCAAUUUAUUGUGGUUUUCUUUAAGGAUUUUGAACACUCAUAUUUUCAAAUACCUCCACUUCUUCCAUUAAGGACUGCAUUGAUUCUCCACCUUCAGCAAAAUACUGAUAUUAAUGUUCAAACUGAAUUUUCAGGAUGUUUUUCAGAAGAAUGGAAUUGUUUCUUGGAACAAAACUGUCCAUAUUUCCUGUUAAUUUCAGAUGAAGGAAUAACUCAGCUCCAAACAUUUCUUUUCUAUUUUUUUAUCAUUCAGUCCUGGUACAAGAGGAUCAGCAUUGCCCUGACUUCAGGGCAGGAAUCAGAUAUUAUCAGAGUUUAUGCAUACUUUAUGCUAAGCAGGUACAAGAACCAGCAUUUUUUCAAAGAGAAUGAACAGAAAAUGAAGAGAGCUUACCAAACUAUUAUUGAACAUUUGAAAAAAUCCAGUGUUAUAGCACUGACACCUUUGUUUCAUCAAUUUAAAUUUAGCAGCCUGGAAAAAGAGAUAUAUUGGAGUAUUGACCAACUUCGGGGCCUCUGGCCAAAAGGAUCUGACAUUCGACGUAUUCUCUGUGUCCUAUCAUGUUCUUUGUCUUUGAAAAUGUACCACCAUUUCUUAGAAAAGAGAAAGGAGAAAUCUUCAGAAAUUGAUAUACCUGAGAAUAAUUUGGCAUCAUUGACAGAAGUUCAAGAUCUAUGCAGAAUGUAUUGCCUCAGUGUGGUUUUUCUGCUCCAUUUGCCUCUUUCUCAGAGAGCUUGUGCCAGAUUAAUCACUUCUUCCUGGAAAGACUCAAUUUCUACUUUCUUGCAAAUGAAAAAGUGGUGUGAAUUUUUUGUUCUAAGGAAUUUGGAGAGUUCAAAAACAUGGAAUGUGGAUUUCACUUACGUUUGUGAUAUAAAUGAUGGCCCAUUGUGGAUAAAUAUUGCUUAUUACUAUGAAAAUGAACACAUCCAAGGUUUACAAUUUGACUUGGGAAAAGCCAUUGAGGUAGAUUACAAUGACUUGUGGAGUGCUGUGUCACAUUUGGUAAGAGAGUUCCCUGUUGGUCCAUCAGUGCCUCUCCGAGUAACAAAACAACUUUUCCUUCAAAAGAAACAGUCACCAAUUGGAGAAGAUUCUCAGGAAAUGGUGCCUAAUUUGGGCUUUAUUCCAGUGACAUCACCCAUAAUUAGACGGUUUGUUGGAGACAUGCUGGAUCAGGUUACUUUUCUAAGAAGUGAUGACCCAGUUGUUACUUCCUUGGUCAAGUAUAAAGAAUUUCAUGAACUCGUGCACUGGCAUUCUCAUAAGCCCCUUAGUGACCAUUAUGAGAGGACAAAGUCUUUUACACAGGGUGGACGUGGGCCAUCUGAUCUACAAGGAAAGUCCAAGGAGUUCCUCAGAUCAAAACAAAAGCUCCAGGCUUUUCAACAACGUUUUGGAAGCAAUUUAGAUGGCACUACUUCCAAAGUCAUUGUAACUCAAUCAGUCGUGCCAAAGAAAACUUUUGUUGCAGGAAAGAACAAAAAAUCACAGUGUAGUAAAGCUGACAUCAUUAUCCAAGAAAACACAAAUCGACUACUUGAAAAAGAGAAAGAGAAAGAAAGUCAUCGAUGGGAAACUCUGUCAUUUUCUAUCGAAGGAGAAAUGAAAGAGAAUUUUCAUUCUGGAAUAACAAAACUGGAAGAUUUUUUGAAGACUUGUAAAAGCAACUCUGUGAAAUUUACUGUAGAAAUGGUAGGGAUGAAGGCCAGUUUAAAUGCAUGGAAAGAACAUUGCCAAUGUGCAGGGAAAGUAAGAAAAGAUUUCAGCAUAGCUAUUCAUAUGAUGAAAAGAAUUCAUUCUAUAAUGGAAAGAUACCAGGAAUUUUUGCAGAACCCAGAUAAAAAAGAGAUAUCCAGAUGUCUUAGAUACUUAGGAUUUGACAAUUUGGUCAAAACUUUGGAUCCCACACAGAUUAUGGAAAAUGAAAGGAAAAGCAAAAAGUUCCGUUAUGCUAUUGAUAUGGGACCAGCUCGCUUUCAACUACAACAAAUGGGCCAUUACUUGAUACGCAAUGAGAGAAAAGAUCCAGAUCCAAGGGUUAAUGAUUUUAUUCCAGACACAUGGCAGAGAGAGCUUCUUGAUGUUGUAGACAAUAACGAAUCAGCUGUCAUUGUUGCUCCUACAUCAUCUGGGAAAACAUAUGCCUCUUACUACUGCAUGGAAAAAGUUCUGAGAGAGAGUGAUAAUGGAGUGAUUGUAUAUGUGUCCCCUACAAAGGCCCUUGUUAAUCAAGUGUCAGCCACUGUCCAGAGUCGAUACACUAAAAGGCUUCCUGAAGGUCAAGUUCUCUGUGGUGUUUUCACAAGGGAUUUCCGCAGUGAUAUAUUAAACUGUCAGGUCCUUGUAACAGUGCCAGCCUGUUUUGAAAUACUAUUACUUUCUCCUACUCAUCAAGAAUGGGUGGAAAAGAUCAGAUAUGUUAUAUUUGAUGAGGUUCAUUGUCUUGGGGGAGAGAUUGGAGCUGAUAUUUGGGAACAUCUGCUUGUUAUGAUCCGAUGUCCCUUCUUGGCUCUUUCAGCAACCAUCAGCAACCCUGAACAUCUCACUGAGUGGCUACAGUCUGUAAGAAGAUACUGGCAGGGGGCUGAAAAGAACAUAGAUGAUUUUCAGAGCCAAGAUGCUAAAGACUGUAUCAGAGCAUCCAAAAGAUAUGUAAAAGUAAAGAAAUCCUACAGAGUCAGACUUGUACUUUAUGAAGAAAGAUAUAAUGAUUUGGAGAAACAUGUGUGUUCGCUAAGAGGUGGUGACAUUGUCUUUAACCACUAUCACCCACUGGCUUCAUUGACUACAGAUCAUAUUGAAAAAUAUGGAUUUCCAUCUGACCUUUCCCUUUCUCCAAGAGAAAGCAUCCAGCUAUAUGACACUAUGGUACAAGUGUGGAAAGGCUGGCCCAAGGCUCAGGAAUUGUGUCCUGAAGAAUUUAUCUACUUUAAAAACAAAAUAGUCAUUACAAAGAUGGAUGCUAGAAAAUAUGAAGCAGCAUUAAAAGAAGAAAUAUGUAAUUGGAUGAAAAAUGGCAAUGAAAAUAUGGUCAAGAAAGUUCUGAAGAUUCUUAGACCUGCUUCUGUUUCUCAUUCAGACAGUAUGGGAGAGACAUUUCCACUUCUUGUUGAAAAGCUAAGAAAAAUGAAUAAAUUGCCAGCAUUGUUUUUUAUGUUCAAGAUAAUAGAUGUAGAAAAAAGGGCACAAAGUGUGUGUGAUGCUCUGGAAAAAAAGCAGGUAAUGAGACAGCCUGACAAUGUAGACAAAGAAGUCCACAUGUUAACUAAUAAACUGAAGAAAGUGAAGAAAUCAAUGGAGAAAACAUCGAGUGUGCCUGAAAAUGCCUUGAAAAGAUCUUCAAGAAUGGAUCAUAGCAUAAUACGUGAAGCUGAGCACACAGCUUUACAAAAAAAGUUGGAGAAGAAGACUGAGAUACCUCCAGACUGCACUUAUGCCAACAUAAAAGUGAUAGACGCAGAGACUUUGGAGAUGAUGUUGUACAGUAUAAAAAAAACAAGAAAAGGUAAAGAAUUAGAGAAUCUGGCCAAGAGGGGUAUUGGAUAUCAUCAUGGUUCUCUGGAUGCCAAAGAACGACGGUUCAUUGAAAUACUCUUCAGAAAAGGAUUUGUCAGGGUUGUGACAGCUACUGGCACCCUUGCUUUAGGAAUUAAUAUGCCAUGUCGAUCUGUGGUUUUCGCUCAAAACUCCAUCUAUUUGGAUGCUUUGAAUUAUAGACAAAUGUCCGGACGUGCAGGAAGACGGGGUCAAGAUUUUCUGGGAAAUGUGUUUUUCUAUGAUAUUCCAUUGCCGAAAAUAGAAAAACUUAUUAAAUCCAAAGUACCAGAACUGAAAGGCCAGUUCCCCCUCAGCAUGACCCUGAUCCUACGGCUCAUGUUGUUGGCUUCCAGAGCAUGCAAUGUCACAGAUGCUGAAGCAAAGGUGAUUUCUGUCCUAAAUCAUUCAUUAUUGUCCUUCAAGAAACCCAGAAUUAAGGAGAUACUGAAAUUAUACUUUUUAUUUUCACUGCAGUUUCUUGUGAAAGAGGGAUAUCUGGAUUGUGAAGGAAAUCCAAUUGGUUUUGCUGGACUUGUAGCACAUUUGUAUUAUGAAGAACCUUCUAAUCUUCUGUUUGUCAGUUUUCUCAAGAAAGGUCUCUUUCAUAAUCUAUGUCAACCAACAAAAAAAGGCUCAAAACAUUUUUCUCAAGAUGUCAUGGAAAAACUUACAUUAGUAUUGGCAAAUCUGUUUGGAAGACGAUAUGUUCCAGCAAAGUUCCUGGAUGCCAAUUUCAAGUUUUAUCAAUCCAAGGUGUUUCUUGAAGAACUCCCUACGGAUUUUAAUAUUGCCUUACGUAAAUAUAAUGAACAAGUGACAAGGGACUUUAGCUACUUCUUACUUAUUGUUUCCAAGUUUGCUGAUAUGAAAGUAGAACAUCAGCUCCCCCUGUCCAAAAUUGAAUUCCCAGGUAAAAAUGAGGACACUUCCAAGCUUGCAUCUCACCUGAUGAGCUGCAAAGAAGACAGAUCCGCUGUUUCACCUUUUGCGUGUCUUUCUGGAGUUACAAAUCAAGAUUUGCUACAAGUAGGCAAUAUUGACAGUAUCACUUUAAGGACAAUUGGUAUUACUUAUGCUCAGGCUCCCUUGCUUUACCCAGAGAAAUUUGACUUUCUAGGAAGAAGAAUACCACUCAAUGCCUAUGCCCUUGAUUUCUAUAAACACAGAUCCCUGAAAGGAAUAGAACAAGAUAACAGGAUCUCUGAAGGUGAUGCUUAUAUUUUGCUGAAAAAUUUUUCCCUCAUCCUUAAAUCUAUCAGUGUUUCCUUAAGGGAAUUAUGUGAAGAUGAGAAUGACAAUGUGGUGUUAGCAUUUGAACAACUUAGUAACAGCUUCAAUGAAAAAUUUAAAAAAGUUUAAGGAUCUCUCGCCUGGUACCCAUCAUCUGAGGCUUUCUUUAAGUCCAGCCUCACUUUUGUACAUAUCCUGAUACUUGGAAAAUGCUCAUUUUUAAUAGUUUAUUAGAUCAAGUUUCAAGUUUGUUUACAAUAUAUUAUAAAACUGCAGCCUAAUAUUUAGGUUUUAGUACUAAGAUAGCUUCUAUCUCAGGAUCUAAGUCAUCUUUUAAUUACUUUUUUUUUGAGUGGGGUUUAUGGGUAGGGAAAGUCUAUUUGCGAUAUCAUUGGUAUAGGAUAUUCCAGUGUGGAAGAAACUUGUCUCUAGUUUAUAGACUUAAAGCACUGCCUGGGACACUGAUAGGUCUCUUAAUCUCUGGCAUAGAGCUAGUUUGUGUUAGACUGAAGUCUUCUUGACACCAAGAAUGACUCUGUAACUACUGUAUCAUACUGAGUCUUAAUUUACUCAUACCACCAAGGAAUCAGUCAGAGAAGUUCCUGUAAGUACAUUGAAAAACUGAGACAUUAACUUAGGCUUUCAGUAGUUUAGCAGUAGACAUGAUAAUUUUGCUUCUUUACUCUAUCUCACUUUCUAUUAAUUUUCAAAGUAAUGAUUGUGGACCAGCAUUUCACUAAAUAUAUUUUAAAUAGCUAUGCAGCCUUGGCCUUCUUAGGACUAUGCUAAUAAACCUGAGUAAAGUAUUGGAAAA